UCCGAUUUGGGUUCAAGUGGAACAUAAGGUUGACGGAAACUCGGGGACUGCGCUUACCUGAUGAGCCCCAGGAAUGGCGACACUGGUCGUGGGCUGUCGAACAGUUUUCAGCAACCUUGAAACUACUCACAAGAUUGCUGAAAACUCCUCGACAGCCCACGGCCGGAUUCGCCCUUCUUGAGGCUCAUCAGAUAGGCGCAGUCUCCGAGUUUCCGUCAACCUUAUGUUCUGCUUGUAGCUUGGUAACAGCAGCCAUUCCGUAUAAAACAGGAACAUCGGAGGUUAUUCACAGACUGUUGAAUUUAGUCAACAUUCGAGUAGCUUUUCAGAAGGGAAAAACGCUACGCUCAGUUUUGAUCCCCUGCCGGUUGAAAGGACUAGAGACGUGUAUAAAAUGCAACCAUUGCGCUAAGGUUCACAUAGGACAAACUGCCAGCGAAUUGCACACCAGAAUUGGUGAGCAUAAAAGAAGGAUUAACAAACCACCAAGAAAUGCAGAAGAAUACCAAACGCUGGUCACGGACUCAGCGAUGGCGGUACAUUCCUUAGACACGGGACAUAGAAUAAAUCUGGAGAAUGUGGAGGUCUUAAGACGGGGACUGCGAUUCACACCACAGCGGUUCACAUCACAGCUCCGAUUUGGGUUCAAGUGGAACAUAAGGUUGACGGAAACUCGGGGACUGCGCCUACCUGAUGAACCCAAAACAGAAGGACGAAACCGGUCGUGGGCUGUCGAAGGGUUUUCGGAAACCUUAAUUGGCCAUGUCAUCGGCAAACUAGAGGCCUUCAAUGUUAUGUACCGGGUACUCCUGGACCGAUUGCGUCUGAUACGGUCAAGGUACUUUGCGAUAGUUGAAAUCCGACUGCAUGACCCGCAACUCUGCGCCAAAAAGAAAUUCAUGCUACUUCUGAACCUGAGCUUGGGCAACCUAAAAGUAUCCCAACCCUCGUCCAAACUUCGGGUGGCAUGGCAUCUAGGCAUAAAAAGGGUGCUACAGCGGAAAGACGCAGAGGACACAACGCUUCGUCACCAUUCGAGGAGACAUCUUCAGUGCGCAGUUGGGUGCGAACAGAUCAACAGCCAACUGAUCUUUUCAAAUUAUAACAAAUUAUAUCAAAUAGUUGAACAUCGUAAACUGCUUCCAGUUUGGGUUCAAUCAGAACUUGAGGUUGACGAAGACUCUUGGACUGCAUGUACAU